CAUUACCGACUUCCUGUUUCCCUUCCUGUGUUAAUACAGCUACAGCAACCACGGCAAGGAGAAGAAUUGAUACACAGUACAGAUAUAUACAGCUACAGCUAGCUAGUGGUAUAAAGAAAAAAGAUGAGCUACGAUUCAGAUGUUGUGUCUGCCACCAGUGGUAGAGGUGAGCCUGACUGGGAUAAGAUCAUCAAGCUCUGUAACAGAAUAAGAGACUCUAUUGGAACAUUGUCAAUGGCCCAGGCUAUGGGCUCUGUCAUGAGGAGGGUCAAACAUUCAGACUCCAAUAUACAGCUACAUGCUCUAACACUGCUCGAGUCUUGUGUUAGCAACUGUGGACCAGACUUUCAGCUGGAGCUCACAAAGUCGACGUUUCACUCAGAUGUCAAGUCCAUCCUAACAGGACCCUAUACUGAUCAGAGAGUGAAGCAACGAGUGAAAGAGUUGCUCGGAAGUUGGGCCACAGAGUUUAAGAGUAACUCCCGGAUGUCACCUCUCAUCAAGUUUGUGGAGCAGCUUGGUCGUGAGGGAGUUCCCCCUCAACCCUCCCCCGGUGCUAACAGACAGCAGCCUCCCCCACAGCAAACCCCACCUGCUGCCAUUCGAGAAGAUGCUGACUUGAAGAAAGCUAUCCAGCUCUCUCUCCUCGAGACAAAGGCCACACCUCCUACAUCUAAUCUCUCUUUGUAUCCUUCAGUUGGUUCCACUCCUGUCCCUAUCCUGAAGAAGAAGGCUGCUAGGAAGGUGCGAGCAGUGUAUGACUUUGUGGCAGCUGAGGACAAUGAGUUGUCAUUUCGUGCCGGUGAGGUCAUCACCAUUAUUGACGAGAGUGACGAGAACUGGUGGAAGGGUGAGACUCAACUUGGGAAGGGACUCUUCCCGGCUUCUUUUGUGUCUGCUAAUCUUAGUGUGGAGCUACAGCCAUCUAAUAUUGUGGAGAAUAGGAAAGAGAACCAGUCAUCGGGUGGGCAGAAGAAGAAGAGCAAGAAAGCUGACAAAGUGGCGGUGGUAAAUGAGCAGAAGAUUGACCUAUUCCUGGACAUGAUAAAAGGAGCGGAUGUUACCAGUGAAGAGAACAGGGCUGAGAACGAGACGCUCCUAGAGUUAGAAGGAGAGUGCAAGAAAAUGAAGCCUCUUGUCGAUGAGAAAAUUGCAGCCUUGCAAAUCCAAGAAGACGAGAUGCAGGAAAUCAACAAGAAUUUUGAGGAAGCUCUCGUGCUGUAUCGAAAAUUACUUUCUGAAGGUCCCAAGCUGUCGUCUACUGUACCUCAGAAGCAACCAGUUCCCCAGUCUCAACCAGGCCUCCCAGAGACUAACGCCUCCUACACCCAGCAGCCUCACAACACACACCCCACACGGCCGUACAACACACACCCUCCACAGGCCACACUCCCCCCACAGCCUCACAACACACACCCCCCACAGCCUCACACCACACACCACACACAGUCCUACGCUGUCCAGCCUCCACCUCCCUACACCACAAACAGUGGGGCUCUGAGUGGCGGGGCAGUGUAUUCUCAACAUCAAGGUGGCUAUACUCGAGAUCUGCCAUAUGGAGGGAUGACAAUGGGAGGAGCACAACCACCACCUGCUACCAACUCACAGAGCUACUAUGCUCAGCCAUUGGACUCAGUUCCGAGUCAGAUGAGGUCUGGAGUGUCCCCAUCCACUAGCUUCUCUCCCAACCCUCAAACGGCCUACCAGCAGCAGAGUAGUUUUUACCCUCAACAGCAGCAAACUCGUAUGGUGCAUCAACCGCUUCUGUGAAGUGAACUAUACCGUACCAGCUAUAGAGUCUAUAAUUAUGCAUGCUGUAUGAUACAAUAAUUGUGUAUUAUUCCUCAUUUAUGAUUUAUUUUGUUUGUUAUUAAUUUUGUUAGUCUAUCUAAUUAUCUGGUUGAAUGAAAAAUUGAAUGAUAAAA